GCUAGUGCCCACUCCACUGCCUGCCAAAAUUGGAUUCGUCGCAGAAAUUCAUUUUCGCUUCAGAAAGCAAAAUCAAAUACUCUUUUCAAGUAAUAAGUACUGCCUUUGUUUUUAUACACAGAGAGAGUGUGUCUUUUGGAGCUUUAAUUGACUGAAGGAAAAACACCAUUUCUCUAUCAUUUGGAGAGGGUGAGUGGUUAUGGAGUCUCUACUUGUUGGAUCCUUCUCUGUACCUGCUUCGCUCACUUCUGGUGGAAGUUGCAGCGGGAGUAACAAUUACAGAGUGGGUCAUUCUCGAAGUUCUGUAGCAGCAUUUGGAGAUUCAAGGUGCAGAACAUGUAACAUCUUACAAAGAUACUAUGUUCCGAAAUUUCAGCGCCAUCGCGUGAAGCAUUAUCUUAGACAUAGCUUGGAAAAGUCUACUGUUUAUCAGAAAAAUGAUUCCAGUUUCUUGGUGCAUGCUGCCUCUGGACAGCCUUUUGAACCUCAGCCAGAAGCUUAUAACCCUAAGAGUGCAUCAAAAUCUGUUCUCAAUGCAAUAGAUGCUUUCUACAGAUUUUCGCGUCCUCACACUGUUAUAGGCACAGCUCUGAGCAUUUUAUCAGUUUCUCUCCUUGCUGUUGAGAAACUCUCAGAUCUUUCUCCACUAUUUUUUACAGGUGUUUUGGAGGCUGUGGCUGCUGCCCUUAUGAUGAAUAUAUACAUUGUUGGUUUAAAUCAGUUGUCUGACAUAGAAAUAGACAAGGUUAACAAGCCAUAUCUUCCAUUGGCAUCUGGAGAGUACUCUACGGGAACUGGUGUCUUGAUUGUCACAUCUUUCUGGAUAAUGAGUUUUUGGCUUGGAUGGGUUGUGGGUUCAUGGCCCUUGUUUUGGGCGCUUUUUGUCAGCUUCGUUCUUGGAACGGCAUAUUCAAUCAAUUUGCCACUAUUGAGAUGGAAAAGGUCUGCAUUUAUUGCAGCAAUGUGCAUCCUAGCUGUUCGAGCAGUGAUUGUUCAACUUGCCUUUUUUCUGCAUAUGCAGACCCAUGUGUACAGAAGAGCUGCUGUCUUUUCCAGGCCUCUAAUAUUUGCAACUGCUUUCAUGAGCUUCUUUUCAGUUGUUAUAGCAUUAUUCAAGGAUAUUCCUGAUAUUGAAGGGGAUAAGAUAUUUGGUAUUCAAUCCUUUACAGUACGCUUGGGCCAAGAGAGGGUUUUCUGGAUCUGCAUUUCUCUGCUUGAAAUAGCUUAUGGUGUUGCUAUUUUAGUUGGCGCAGCAUCUUCCUAUACCUGGAGCAAGUGUGUCACGGUUGUGGGGCAUGCUAUCUUGGCUGCAAUACUAUGGAACCGUGCCAAAUCUGUUGAUCUCAAGAGCAAAGCUGCAAUAACUUCCUGCUAUAUGUUUAUUUGGAAGCUAUUUUAUGCCGAGUACUUGCUCAUACCGCUUGUAAGAUAGAAUUUGCAGCGGCUUGUCAAACAGCGAAAACGACUAUAGAUUUAUCAAAAUCGAUUUGUUCAACUGAUGCGUUAUUGCUCAGUGAAAGUAGAGACUGCUGGUGGCCAUGAAAGUUCAACAUAGCGUCCAUUGAUUGUAACAAAUUGUGACAGUAGAAAACCAUUGGCUAGGAAAACUAUCAGAAAGCAAUCACCAUGAUAAUGACAAUGUUUGUAUUAUUAUUUUUAUUUAAAAUUAAAUGUCUCUUUCAAUAAGGGUAAAAUAGAUUUUUCAUUUUAA